UUGUACGUGUCGACACUUGAUAAGUCUCAUCACACACCUUAAUUGGACUCCCCCUGACCCUUCUUCCUCCUCCCUCCCAACACAAACCGAGACAGCAGCCGAAAUGGCCGCCGGCGACCUCGCCGGAGAUCGCACGCCGGAGCUUCUGCGUCUCAUCCACGACAUCACCGGAAUCUGCACCGUCUCCUCCGACGCCUCGUUCAGGAAGGACUGCACCGAUCUUGUUCGCCGGAUCUCGCUGCUCACCCACUUGUUCGACGAGGUUAAGGACUUGAGCUCCGAUUCGAGCUGCUCCGGUGCUGGUUCUGCUUCUGCCGUGGCUUCGUGGUCGUCUGAUCUGGUUGUUGCUCUUCACUCCGCUAAGCGCUUGCUCUCUGUUGCUAGGAAUUUUCGUUCCAAUUGCUCUUCGGAUGGAUCGGCCAAGACCAUUGUCUACCAAUUUCAGUGCGUGACGUGGAAAUUGGAAAAACUGCUAAGCCACUUACCAUAUGACGAUUUAGACAUAUCAGAGGAAGUCAAAGAACAGGUGGAUUUGGUGAGAACACAAUUAAGACGGGCCACGGAAAAAUAUGGGUAUAUGAUUUCAAAAAUGCCAUCUUAUGAAUUAUCCCAGCCCCUGGCUCGAGAAAUUAGUCCGGCUCUUGGCAAAUCCGUGAUUGGGUUGCAUAAACAAAACAGCUGUCCUGAAAAUUUAUCAGAACUAGACAGCAUUCCUGAAAACAAAGGAGAGAAAAGUUGCAGUGCAAAUGGAGCAGGAUCUCGAUUAGAAAGAACAAGGACCUUUUCUGUAGUCCCCUUAUCGAAUGUAACUAUUGAUCCUGACAGUCAAGGAAUUUCUGAGAGAAAGAACCAACCUCAGAUUAAGAAGCCUGAAGCAAUUGUAUUUCCUGAAGAUUUUCUUUGCCCUAUAUCCUUGGAACUGAUGAGGGAUCCUGUUAUUGUGUCCACCGGUCAGACUUAUGAGAGAUCUUACAUACAAAGAUGGAUAGAUUGUGGACAUCUAACGUGUCCAAAAACUCAGCAGAAGCUCGAACAUUUCACCCUUACACCCAAUUAUGUUUUAAGGAGCCUUAUUACUCAAUGGUGUAUGGAGCACAACAUUGAGCAGCCAACAGGAUUAACUAAUGGCAAACUAAAAAAAAGUGAUGGAUCGUUCAUAGAUGUUACAGGUGACAUAGCAGCCAUCGAAGCUCUAGUCCGCAAGCUCUCGAGCCGGUCCAUUGAAGAGCGCAGAGAAGCUGUUGCUGAAGUUCGAUCACUGUCCAAACGGAGUACUGAAAAUAGGAUACUAAUUGCUGAAGCUGGAGCAAUUCCAGUCCUAGUCAACCUUUUGACAUCAGAAGAUGCAUUGACACAAGACAAUGCAGUUACUUCAAUCCUCAACCUUUCUAUAUAUGAAAACAACAAGGGACUUAUAAUGCUUGCUGGUGCCAUUCCGUCCAUUGUCCAAGUCCUCCGAGCCGGUACCAUGGAAGCAAGAGAAAAUGCAGCAGCAACCCUCUUUAGCUUGUCACUUGCUGAUGAGAACAAAAUAAUAAUUGGUGCCUCAGGGGCCAUACCCGCUUUGGUAGAAUUGCUCCAAAAUGGGAGCUCUAGAGGGAAGAAGGAUGCUGCAACAGCAUUGUUCAAUUUAUGCAUUUAUCAAGGAAACAAGGGCAGAGCCAUCAGGGCAGGGAUCAUCACAGCUUUGUUGAAGAUGCUUACAGAUACAAGCAAAUCAAUGAUUGAUGAAGCCCUAACAAUAAUGUCAGUUCUUGCCAGCCACCAAGAGGCAAAGGUUGCAAUAGUGAAAGCCAGCACUAUACCAGUUUUGAUAGAUCUUUUACGGACAGGAUUGCCUCGCAAUAAAGAGAAUGCAGCUGCUAUUUUACUUGCCUUGUGCAAGAGGGAUGCUGAAAAUCUUGCUUGUAUAAGUAGACUUGGUUCUGUCAUCCCUCUUACUGAACUUACUCGAACCGGUACUGAGAGGGCCAAACGAAAGGCUACCUCAUUGUUGGAGCAUCUUCGCAAGUUACAGCAGCUUUGAAUGGUGUAGUUCUGCACACAACUUGUAAUUUUAUGUCUUUUCCUCUGAUUAUUUGACAAUUUUUCACACAACGGUUUGCAAACUGACCAUAUGAGGCUGAAAUAAGAAAGCAAGCCUCGUUGGUUUCAGUUUAUUCUUUCCUUCUUUUCUGUUUGCUCCUUUGUAACCCCUGUAUGAGCGUGUAAAGAAAUCAAUUCAUAUAUUAUUUCCUUAAUGAAAUCCACACAAUUUAUGUUUUUC